CGGUUGGCGGCGUCAACGUUUCCCUGGCUCUUCUUCAUAAAAAUACAAAAAACUGCAACCGAAAAGCAAAUCAAAAAACAAUCUUAUAAAUAUUCUCUUCAAUCUUUGUGCGUUUUUUCGUUUUUGUCGUUGUCGUUGUCGUUGCCGCAAAUGCAUUUGAAUUUAAUAUCCGCCAGGCGAAUUUAGACAUAAAAUUGAAUGCCGCAGUGCGAAUAAGAAUGCUGGCCGAGCAGCAGGAGGUCCGCCGUAGAUUGUCAAGCCAAGCCGGACAGCCGGACGGCCAGAGCCGGAAAAUUAUUCCGGGGCAGGCGGCAGGCCACACGGCGUAUGCGUAACGAGAGAACGAAACAGAAAGUGAUGCGUAAUUUGCGGGCCAAAGCAACACACAAAUUUCAAAUUAAAAGCAAAAUACCGAAAUCAGUGCAAGGAGGAAUAGCAACAGCAAAAUAAAAACAAGCCACAAUCAAUUAGCAGCUCUAUAAUAAUUAAGAACCCAAGAAAAACACCAAAGGGUUACCUAUAUUUUAAACAAGUUUAAAAAGCAAUGUAAGGGGAAUCCAAUGCAAAUGCAGAACGAGAGUACAAAGCGCAGCAAAACGGCAGCCAAAUGGAGGAGAAUAAUUGAAAUCAAGUAAAACUUCAAACACAAACAACUAGCAGAAUAAGCAGCAACCACUGAACCCCCUAUAUAUAUAUAUAUACUUAUAUAUAUAUAUAAACCAGCAUAUAUAUAGCGUUAGCUGAACAACAAUCUAGCUAUAGUCGCCAUGCAUGGACAUCACAACCACAACCAUCUGCAGCAGCAGCAGCCACAAAAUCCGCAGGAUCAGCAGCCGGGAGCCAUCAUGAAGGCAGCCAGCCAUCCGCCCCACCACCCACUCAGCCACCCACAUCCGCACCAGCAGCAUCCCCAGCAUGCCCAGCCACAUCCGCAUCCGCAUCCCCAUCCGCAUCCGCACCACAAGCUGUCGGCGAGAAGGGCGCGCAGUCGCAGUCGAAGUCGCAGUCCAUCGCCGGAUGGCAAUCAGGAUUACGAUGUGACCAGGAUGCGGGAGGAGGACUUCCAGCGGCUGGCCGUCUACCUGGUGCCGGAUGUCCAUGCGGAGCGGGGACUGCCCAAUCGGGCGGACAAAACGCUGCCGCGCAGCCUGACGCUCAAGUCAUCCAUGGUCUACUCAACGCCAAAUGUUAAGACUGAAGGAGUUUGGAGCAGCGGGGUCAUCCCACGUGGCACUCGCUUCGGCCCAUUCGAAGGCAUUCCAACCUCAAACUAUCCCAAUGAUAAGAAUAAGGCGCGCUAUUUCUGGCGGGUGCAGGGAACACGCCACAUAACCUACGGGAAUAUUAAGAUCUUCAAGGACGAUGACUACUAUUAUCUGGAUGGUUCGGAUCGCUCGCAAUCCAAUUGGAUGCGCUAUGUGGCGUCCGCCUACAGUCUGUCCGUGAUGAAUCUGGUGGCGUGCCAGCACCAGGAGAACAUCUACUUCUACACCACCCGCGACAUUCUGCCCAACGAGGAGCUGAUGGUGUGGUACUGCAAGGACUUCGCCAGUCGUCUGGGCUACGAUGUGGAUCCCGAGACGACGAUCUUCGGGGCCUGCAAGCAGGCGGUGGAGGCGGAGGAGGAGGUGGACGAGGAGGAGGAGGAGGCGGAGGGGGAGGAUGGCAAGCCGCGAUACUCGAUGCCUGCCCCGGAAAUUCCCGCCGAUGUGGCCGUGAGUCACAUUACCUACGUCAUGGGUCUCCAUCUGCCUGUGGGAGCGGGAAAUGGGGCGGCUAAUGGUGCGGUUUCCGGUGCCACGCCUCCGCCCCCCACUGCCACCCAAUGCUGCCGCCGCUCCAGUCCACCCGCCCAUGUCAGCACCACCACCGCCGCCUGCAAUUCCCACCACCCGCACAUCCAGCAUGGUCGCCACGCCUCCGUGAUCAUCGGCCAGGAUCGAUCGCCUCUGGCCAGCAGCGACAAGGACACGGCGGGUUCCCCCUUGUCCGGUCUGGAUCACCAGAUGACCCCGCAGGAUGGCAGCGUGAGAUCGGUGCGAUCGGAUGAGGGCUACCACAGCAACGAGUGCCACGAGGAUGGACUCACGCCACCCGAGGAUUCCAGCGACAGCGAGAGUGAGCACAACUAUGUGCUGGACUGUUCGAAGAAGGCUAUUGCCCCCAAGGAGACAGUGAUUGCCCAGGCCCAGAAGCCCAGCAGUUCGCCACCUGCCGUGGUUAUGGCCAACACCACCACCAGUGCGAUCAAUAGCCAUAGUUCGCCCGCGGCCACGCCCAUUUGUGAGACGGACAAGAAUGAGUACAGGAAGUUCAAGGUGAAGAUGCCGCUGAAGUAUGAGUUCAAGAACAAGAGCUGCGUGAAACAGGAGCCCAGUCUUAAGGAGGUGGAUCAGGAGAUGACCCUGCCGCAGGAGGAGGAGGAGGAGCAGGUGAUGCACCCAGAACCCGACUCCAUUUGCCCCUCGACCACCACCCACCUAGGCGAUGAGCAUAUGCUGAUGAUGGAGAGGGAGCGGGAAAGGGAGAGGCAGAGGGAAAGGGAGCAGGAGAGGAUUCAGGAGCGAGAACAAUCCAACCAGCAGCCCGCCUCCUCCACGGUCAUUGUCCUGGAACACAAUUCCGGUGGCCAGGCCCGCACCAUUGUCCCACUGAGCAAACCCUACUACGAGCCAGAUCCGCCGGGAGAACGCUAUCUGCGAUUUGGCCAGCCCUCGUCGAGCAUCCUGGAGACCAUCCUGACCAGCCAACAUCGUUUGGAGGCGGCUGCCGCGGCGGCAAAUGCCUGUCGGCAGGCCAAUGCGGCCACGCCCCCUCCCACUUCGCCCACGGAGAUGGCCUACAGCUACAAGAAGUCCCAGCGAUAUGGUAAUGCCGUGAGUCCGGACAGCAGUUCCAAUCUGGGCCAGAAUCCCGAGCAGCUCUCCUCGUCGGCCGUGGUAGUGGGUGAGCAGGAAAUGUCCAGGGCCACCCUGAUCAAGGGAGAGUGCUCGCCACCACCGCCCAGCCACCAUCAUCACAACGUGAUCUUCUCACCCUCGAGGCAUGCGGCCUAUUUGGGAGCUGGAGAGGCGGGUGGUCACUCACCAAGUCCCGGCUAUCCUGGCUAUCCCCACUACGGAGCAGCAGCCACCUCGACCUUCCACUCGCCACCGCACAGUUCCCAUUCCCCCUUCGAUCGCCAGUCGAAUGCCUCGAGUGGAGCGGGCUCCGCAUCCAAUUUGCAUUUGUUGCAGACGAGCACCCAGAUGCUGAACCACCCGCUGAUGCAGCCUCUCACCCCGCUGCAGCGCCUGUCGCCCCUGAGGAUCUCACCGCCCAGCAGCCUGAGUCCCGAUGGCAACUCCUGUCCCCGCAGUGGUAGCCCCCUGAGUCCCAAUUCCCUGGCCUCCAGGGGCUACCGAUCGCUGCCCUAUCCGCUGAAGAAAAAGGAUGGCAAGAUGCACUACGAGUGCAAUGUAUGCUGCAAGACCUUUGGGCAGUUGAGCAACCUCAAGGUGCAUUUGAGGACCCAUUCCGGCGAAAGACCCUUCAAGUGUAAUGUGUGCACGAAGAGCUUCACCCAGCUGGCGCACCUACAGAAGCAUCACCUGGUGCACACGGGCGAGAAACCGCAUCAGUGCGACAUUUGCAAGAAGCGAUUCUCCAGCACCUCCAAUCUGAAGACGCAUUUGAGGCUCCACAGUGGCCAGAAACCAUAUGCCUGUGAUCUCUGUCCCCAGAAAUUCACACAGUUUGUGCAUCUCAAGCUGCACAAGAGAUUGCACACGAAUGACAGGCCGUAUGUGUGCCAGGGAUGCGACAAGAAGUACAUCAGUGCAUCGGGUUUGAGGACCCACUGGAAGACCACCAGCUGCAAGCCCAACAAUCUGGAGGAGGAGCUGGCCAUGGCAGCAGCGGCUACCUCGGAGUGUUUGGAUAAAGACCAUCCCGAACCGGACUCCCGAGAAGCCUACGAGCAGCUGACCCAGCACAUGCAUCCUGCUGUGCACCCGGGAUUGAGGCAUCUCUCAAAUGGAGGUCAAUCGCCACCACGAUUGAUACCCCUGGGCAGCCACAUGGCGCCGCAGCAGCAACAGCAGUCGCAUCAGCAGCAGCAACAUCAGCAGCCACCGCCCCACUUGCUGAUGGCCCAGCAUUCAGUGGGUCCGGCACCCAUGCUCCUGACCACCGCCAGCCAGUUGCCACCACCGCCGCCGCACCACCAGCAGAAUUCGCCCAGCAGACUGCUGCAACAUGGCCACCCACAUCCGUUGCAAAUGCAGCAGCAACAGCAACAGCAGCAGCAGCAGCAACAUUCUCCCAAGGGACUCAAAUCCCUGCCAGAAUCGGGGGUUUAUCUGCAUGGUCAGCAUGUGCAGGCUCAGGAGAGCAGGCCAUCGGUCAUCGAGUCCUCCAAUCAGCCCAUGAUCAUCGAAUGCACGUAGGAGAUAUGUGUCAUGGUAUACCAUAAAAACAAGGACGAGCUGCAGACCAGAGGAAGUGAUGGAAUCCAAGUGCAAUAAAAUCAAAUAGAGUUAAGAACAGACAGACAGACGAUACCCCCAAAAAAAAGCAGCACAAGUAAACGUAACGGUAUUAUUAUAUAGUUGUAUAUAGUUCAAGACUCCCCCGUAAAUUUUUGAUCCCCACGCCCCCCCACAACUGAAAUUGAAAACUCAUUUUCGCGCUAUGAAAACUAGAUCUCACCAAUUGGCAAUCCCAUGAAUUCUUCUUCUCAUCAUUAUCAGCAUGGCAGGAGAGCACUAAAGGCAUAUUAUUUUUGAUAAAUAUUUUAUAUAUAUACACCCUACAUAAGAAAGGAUGUGUAGAAAUUGGUUAACAGGAAGCGAUUGUUAAUGGGAGAAUAAAUGGAGCCGGCAGCAGAAGAGAAUUUUGCGGAAAACUGAGAACGAGAGAGAAAAUGCAUUUAGAUUUGACUUUCGAUGAUUUUCCAGUUCUGAUUUGUUCUCUCACCCUCUCUGUUUGUUUGUUUGUUUGUUUGUUUGUUGAGGCGCGCACCUUUAGACGUAGAUUACACAAAAAAGUUAAAAGUUAAAGGAUAAAUAAGGAUACAUUUACACAUACAAUACAUAGAUUCAAGUUGCCUUAUUUGAAUUUCGUUAGCACUGAGACCCGCGAUAAGACAGUAACCGAAAACAUUUGCUUAGAGUCGAUCAUCUCUGGACAGUAAGAACAGAUGCGAGAAGCUUAUAUACGUAUUUUAUAUAUGAAUAUAUCAUUAUUAUACAUACGAAUAUAUAUAUAUUUAUAUGUAUUUUAUUAAAUAUACACAACCGGAACAGCAGCAACAAACAAAUGAUAGCAAAACUGUACAUAGAAGGAAACCUUAUUUCGGCAUCUGUUGAACUAGUAUCGCCUAGCUAUAGAUAAUUACGUAGACCACUAGGGAUUACCAUUACCAUUAUCAUUAUUAUGAUUACUAUGAUUAUUACGAAAAAAGAACAUAUAAAAACUAAGCAACAAACGAAAAAAAACGUAAAGAAAACUUAGCUGAAAAAUCGGUGCUUUUGACUGUUUCCAUUUGUCCACAUUUACAUUUACGAUUGUAUUUGUAUUUCGAAACAUAUGAAUUAUAUUGUAAACCACACUAAAUAUAUAUAAAAUAUAUACACGUUAGAAUAACACUCUAGGAUAUUUUCCCCAAAAACACUACUUUGCGCCUUAAUCAUUCAACCUUCCUCCAACUCCUUUAACCACAAACAAAAAACCGAAUCCAAAAAAUUUGCUCGUAUUGUACUUUACCAAAAUUACGCUCUCAAUUAGUCUUCGUUUUCGUCUGAAUAUUAUAUAUGAAAUCUUUAGCUAAUCUUAAGCUUAUAAUCUUAAUGAGGCUGACUAGCUUUAAGUAUCGAUAUAAAUCUAUUUAGCGCCUAUUAAUAAAGCUAGCCAUUAAGGUCUGUAUAUUAAAAGCUGAGCCCAGAGCUCGGCUUCGAUCUGUAAGACACAACACCAAUUCGUAAUGUUUAAGUAUUUGUCUUGUAAAGUACGAGAUGCGGGGGUGGGGAGUUCGGGGAGAUUCUUAAGAAUCCCGAUAAUUGAGACUAAGACUAUGCAAAAGUUUUUGUAUUUUUGUAUUUGAUACAAAGCAAGCAGGAGUUAGGAAAUGUGUGACGAUGAGAUGUUUUAGCCAAGUAAGGUCUAUAGUAAGCUAGCCCUAAGAUUUCUAAGCAUAUGCAAUAUUUAUAUAUAUACGCAUAAUAUUUCUAAAGAAAAGCAAAACGCAGAAAAGAUGAGACAUGCCUACAUACAUGGAAAAUAUAAAAGAAGAUAAUCAAAAUUAUACAAAAAAA